AUGAUCUCUCUCUUCUCUGGUGCUGUUUUUUUCCUGCACACCGCCACUCAUAAGUCUCAUCGCAUCGCUUUUUCUCUUCUCAUGUCUGCCAUCUACAAAGCUUUGCAGUCGAAAACGACCAAGGAAACUUCAGAAAAGACCAAGCACAUCAACAGACAGCGUGUGUUGGUGAUCUCGUCGCGUGGUGUCACUUACCGCCACAGACACUUGAUCAACGAUCUUUUGAGCUUACUUCCCCAUGCCAGAAAAGAGCCCAAGUUCGACUCCAAGAAGAACUUGUACCAGUUGAACGAAGUUGCCGAGCUCUACAACUGUAACAAUGUGUUCUUUUUCGAGUGCCGAAAGCACCAGGACUUGUACCUUUGGGUAUCCAAACCUCCUAAUGGACCCACCAUGAAAUUUCACAUCCAAAAUAUGCACACAUUAGACGAACUCAAUUUCACGGGAAACUGUCUUAAAGGAUCACGUCCGGUGUUGAGUUUCGACAAGUCGUUCCAGGACCACGAACAUUAUAGUCUCAUGAAGGAACUUUUCAUCCAUUCGUUCGGAGUACCUCCUCAUGCGCGCAAAUCCAAACCGUUUAUCGACCAUGUUAUGUCAUUCUCUAUUGUCGACAACAAGGUAUGGAUACGGAACUACCAGAUCACCGAGACCGCCAGCGACAACGAAGAAGAAAAGGAGAUGUCACUUGUGGAAAUUGGACCCCGUAUGGUAUUAACGUUGAUCACAAUUCUCGAGGGCUCGUUCGGCGGUCCUAAAAUCUACGAAAACAAGGAAUAUGUCAGCCCCAACUUUGUGCGGGCGCAGCUCAAGCAGCAAGCAGCCACCCAGGCGCGGGCGCGAGCUGAGGCUGCCAAAGAACGCAAGGUGAAGCGCCGAAACCAGGUGUUGCAAAAGGACCCAUUGUCCAACGACAGUUUGUUCAAGAGCUAA